AUGGCUGAUUAUUCUGCUGGUUAUCCUACCUUCUAUGAAGCGUUAGCCCUCUUUAGGAACAGGAUUGCACUCACGCAAUCAGUGCUUCAAGUUCCGACCUCCACACCUCUGUAUCUGGCUGCUGAGGAAGAGGACACGUGGAACGACGCCGCGUGGGACUCCUCUUCUGCUGCGGAGGAGUCUUCCGAGGCUCCAGAAGGCUCCUCUGUGACGGCAGAGACGUCUUAUGAGGCUGCAAGGUACUCUUCUGAAGCCUCACAAGAUCUUUCUGCUGGUGCUGAGGACAUUUCGGAAGAGACGUCUUAUGAACCUGUAACGUACGCUCCUGAAGCCUCACAAGGUGUUGCUGGUGCUGCUGAGGGCCUGACGGAGACUACAGAGGUUCCUCUUGAGGCUGCAGAGGAGUCCAGCAGCAGCUGCAGCGACGGUGGCGUGGCCAAGAAGGCGAGCAUCUCUAAAAUCGGAAUUUGCAGCGGUGACAAUCACAGCAGCAGUUUCAGUUUCACCAUGGCUUGGGCUCAAGUCACCAGGGAGGUGCUGAGUGGUGUUUUCAGCACCUUGAAAAAUGUCAGCAACGGAGGGUUCAAAGAAAUGGCUGAGACUGCAGCAGCGGUGUCUACAGCAGGGACUGCAGAGGUGAUUGUUGCCGUGGGUCCCACUGCAAGCACAGCUCGGUCUGUUGCAGGCAAGGGUUCAGUUUCGAGAAUGGCAACAGACAGGUUGAGAGAGCUGCCUUCCCGCAUCCCCAAGCCAAGUAAGGGCAGUGCAGGAGGUGCUGUGAAGCGUGGGACGAGGCCGGCAGCAGCAAGUGCAUGCCUGCCGCCGUCCCUCAUUCCCAAGCCACGGUCAGCCAAGACUGCACCUGCUGCGGUGAAAACUCUGGGGACGGCCGAUGCUGUGAGAGCAGCCAAGGUACAGCUGGGGAAGGCACGGGGUGGUGGACAGUGGGGAGGAAGGCGGCAACAUUUUUUGCACCCUGCUGGUCAGGGUGUUGUAGCAACUGGUUGGUGGAUUGGAGCAUGGAGGCUGGAUUGUGGGAGGAUCUCUUACACGACUGAAGCUGCUCUCGUGCUCUCCAAUGGGUCAGAGAGGCUGGGCCAUGUGAUGACCGAGGCGGGAUGA